GGAGGAAUCGAUAGCACAAUGGGAGAAAUGGAGAGUGUACAUUGGCUGGAUAAGAUCAGUUUACCUAUUAUACAUGGGUAGCUCCUAAAGUGUAUGAUUUUCAUUCAGAGGGCUAUGUAUCCAAUUGAUUUACAGUGGCUUUACUAAAUAUUCAAGCCAUUCUGUCUGUUAAGAAUGAUGGAUGUGGUGGGAUCACCAAGUUAAGUGUUGGAGAAGAAGAGUGGUUAUGGAUCCUAGAACUACUAGUUAGUCAGCUGGUUGGUUAGAUUAAAUGACAUUCACUCUAACAGUUGUAUCACAUGUGGGCAUGGACUACAUGUGCACUUUCACUUACGUUCAGGUAGUGACUUCAACAGGAUUUUAAAUUGUGCUACGACCUGGGUUAACAUCUCACUUCUAUUGUUAAAUACCUGAAGCAGGUUGACCUGAAUAACUAAACGUACAAGUGUUGAAAAUGCCAAGGUGUUGUAUUUAAUAACAUGUGGAGCUAUCGCACCUCGUCCACUGGGUCUAUGUGUGUGAAUCCACCAGAAAAUGAAAUCUUACCAUUUCUACCAUCAGAAUGGAAAGAAGGUUGGAAAAAGGAUGAAGAUGUCCCUGGCAACGAGGCAGUCCCCCCAGAUUCUGGCAGUACAUCAGAUGACUUGGAUCAUGUCCUGAGGAGAGUGGUAAAUUUAAACCCAAUUGAUAACCAGCAACCUGUGUCUUAUGCCAGCAACAAAAUAUGCACUGCAAAGUACAACAUUUUGUCUUUCAUUCCAAAGUUUCUAUUUGAGCAGUCCAGGAAAUAUGCCAAUAUUUUCUUUUUGAUGAUAGCUUUAUUGCAACAAAUUCCCAAUGUGUCCCCCACAGGUCGCUACACUACAGCACUUCCACUGCUUUUCAUUUUAUCUGUGUCUGCAGUCAAAGAGAUCUUUGAAGAUUUUAAGAGGCAUAAAGCUGAUGGGCAAGUGAACAACAGAAAAGUAUGGGUGUUAAGACGCCAUGACUGGCAGUUGAUCAAAUGGACCGAUGUUGUGGUGGGGGACUUUGUCAAGGUGGUCAGUGGGGAGUUCUUCCCAACAGAUCUAGUCUUAUUAUCUUCAAGUGAGCCUCAAGGUAUGUGUUAUGUGGAGACGUCCAACCUGGAUGGAGAAACAAAUUUAAAGAUAAGACAGGCUCUGCCACAGACAGCCAAGUUGCUGACCAGUGCUGAUAUUCUGUCCCUCUCUGGAACUGUGGAGUGUGAGACCCCUAACAGGCACCUGUACGAGUUUGUGGGGAACAUCAGACCUUCUGGAAGGUUGGCCUAUCCCCUGGGUCCAGACCAGCUGUUACUACGAGGUGCUGUGUUGAGAAAUACCAAAUGGAUAUAUGGUCUGGCAGUGUACACAGGUCAUGAGACCAAGUUAAUGCUCAACUCUACUCAAGGUGCUCCUCUGAAACGCUCUCAUGUAGAAAAAGUCACCAACUAUCAAAUUGUAGUCCUUUUCCUCAUCUUGCUGUUCAUGUCAGGAUUCAGUGCAGCAGCCAAUGAAAUAUGGACCAGUGGCAGGGACAAGAAAGAUUGGUAUCUAGCCUUCAAAGAAAUGGCACCCAGCAACUUUGGCUACAACUUCCUUACCUUCAUCAUUUUAUACAACAACCUCAUUCCCAUCAGUCUUCAAGUGACCAUUGAGUGUGUCAAGUUCAUACAAGCUAUUUUUAUAAAUUGGGAUAUAGAUAUGUACUAUGCUCCCACUGAUACCCCAGCCAUUGCAAGAACAUCAAAUCUCAAUGAGGAAUUAGGACAGGUGAAGUAUGUUUUCUCUGAUAAGACAGGCACCCUCACAAGAAAUGUGAUGGUGUUUAAGAGGUGCAGCAUAGCUGGGGUUAUGUAUGGUCAACACGAUGCUGAUGACACUGAUGUGUUUGAUCCAACUCUGAUACAAAACUUGAAAAGUAACCAUGUGUCAGCGAAGGUGAUAUCAGACUUUCUGUCCCUGUUGGCAGUGUGUCACACAGUCAUCCCUGAGGUAGAUCCAAAUGAUGAGAGGAAUAUUAUAUACCAGGCCUCCUCUCCAGAUGAAGGUGCGUUAGUCAAAGGUGCCAAGAAACUAGGAUUUGUUUUCACUCAGAGAACUCCAGAAUCUGUCACAAUAGAAGUGAUGGGUACCCCUAAAACAUAUGAAAUACUCAAUGUGUUAGAUUUCACAAGUUUUAGAAAAAGAAUGUCUGUGGUAGUGAAGACACCCAGUGGGAGGAUCAAACUUCUUUGCAAAGGAGCUGAUUCUGUGAUUUAUGAAAGACUAGGCCCCGAACAACCAUAUAGAGAGGACACAAUGAAUCAUUUAGAACAGUUUGCCAAUAUUGGUCUGAGGACAUUGUGUUUAGCUGAGGCGGAAAUAGAGCCCGAGUUUUAUGAUGAGUGGAAGCACACAUACUACAAGGCCAGCACUUCAUUACAGAAUAGAGAAAGAAAGCUGGAAGAAGCUGCUGAACUUAUAGAAAAGAAUCUCAAACUUUUAGGUGCCACAGCAAUAGAGGACAAAUUGCAGGAGGGUGUUCCAGAAAGCAUAGCCAAUCUAGCCAAAGCCGAUAUCAAAAUAUGGGUGCUAACAGGAGACAAGCAGGAGACAGCCAUUAAUAUUGGCUACUCUUGCAAGCUUCUAACUCAGGGAAUGCCACUACUUAUCAUCAAUGAAGAAAGCUUAGAUUCAACAAGAGAGACAUUACGAAAACACAUUGAGGACUUUGGUGAACAGUUAGGCAAGGAAAAUGAAGUAGGCCUGAUAAUAGAUGGACGUACACUGAAGUUUGCCCUGACCUGUGAUUGUAGGAAAGACUUUCUGGAUAUAGCAAAAUCAUGCAAAGCUGUGAUUUGUUGCAGAGUUUCUCCCCUACAGAAGUCAGAAUUAGUAGAACUAGUAAAGUCUGCUGUCAAAGCUAUAACCCUGGCCAUAGGAGAUGGUGCUAAUGACGUUGGCAUGAUACAGGCUGCUCACGUUGGUGUUGGUAUCUGUGGAUUGGAGGGCUUGCAGGCCACAUGUGCCUCGGAUUAUGCUAUUGGUCAGUUCCGCUUCUUGAACAAGUUAUUGUUUGUACAUGGUUCCUGGAGCUAUACAAGAACUGUGAAACUGAUUCUGUACUCUUUUUAUAAAAAUGUCACCCUCUAUGUUAUACAAUUCUGGUUUGCUUUUAUGAAUGGCUUCUCAGGGCAAAUCUUAUUUGAAAGGUGGACAAUAGGUCUCUAUAAUGUGAUCUUCACAAUGGCCCCUCCAGUGGUGCUAGGUCUUUUUGACAGGUACUGCAGUGCAGAGAGUUUGAUGGAGUUCCCAGCUUUAUAUAGAACAUCACAGAACUCAGAUUUAUUCAAUGUCAAGAUAUUCUGGAUGUGGAUAUCAAACUCAGUUUUCCAUUCCAUAGUUUUAUUCUGGAUGACCUUGCUAGCACUUAAUCAAGACAUAGCAUUUUCCACAGGUCAAACUGGAAACUAUUUGUUUUUGGGAAAUAUGGUAUAUACAUAUGUGGUAGUGACAGUGUGUAUUAAAGCUGGUCUGGAGCACAGUGCAUGGACAUGGAUAUCUCACCUAGCCAUAUGGGGCAGUAUAGCAAGCUGGUUCCUGUUCCUGAUAGUCUACAGCCAUGUGUGGCCAGCCAUUGAUGUGGGACCAGAGAUGGUGGGGAUGGACGGUAUGGUACUUGGUUGUGGGAUCUUCUGGAUGGGUUUGAUUCUUGUUCCAACAAUGUCUCUUCUCAGAGAUGUGGCAUGGAAGGCUUUCCGCAGAACAGUCUUCAAAACAUUGCGUGAAGAAGUACAAGAAAGGGAGAUUGCAGGAAUGGAUUUAUCCAGUGUCAUUUUUAAAGCAACUAAGAAAAGACUCACAGAGACGGCACGGUUGCUGCGGAAUGUGUUCACACGACCAUCAACAGCAACCAUUCAGGCACCAGAAGCUCAACAGAGAGAUCACGGUUAUGCUUUCUCCCAGGAGGAAGGCGGGGCAGUGGCAUUGUCGACUGUAAUCCGACAGUAUGACACGUCUGAUCGAAAACCUGAUGGUUCAUAAACCUCUUGCUGGACUGGUACCUCAUGUCCAAACACAGAACUGUUCAUUCGACUGAGAGAUACCUGGAUGACAAGUAAUAUAUCUUAACACAAGCUGAGCGAGUCAUUGGCCCAAUGGUGGACAAAUUGCAUCUGGAGAUACAUGUAUUGAAGUGAUGGGUCUAUACCAUCCUGUUGUUUUCGUGUCACUACACGUCACAAAUUUACAUUACCUCAGCAGCCUGGAGUACAAACACAUUCGAAAGAGAUGAUAGUCAUAUGUCGCUAUACUGUAAAUUGUAACCUAGAGUGUUAACUGUAGCAAGAUUUGACACAUAGUUGAGACCAUAGUUGUAAAUCGUGAAAUCUAAAUCAAACAGAAUUCCAAAGUAUUAUUAUGUCAUAUUUUUUACUUUUCAUGUCUCGGGCUUGAUUAGUGAAAUAACAGUCUGUUUAUGACAAAACAUUUCAGCCAUCUGUUUUACCUCUUUUUGGCUUAUAUAUGCUUUUAAAUGUUGAAAAC